AUGAUAAAAGCUGAUCUAGAAGAAGGAGUCAGAGAAACAGAAGAAAAAAGAGCUGAUAUUAUUCACCUGACAGAAGAAAAUAUAGAAGCAAAGACGGUAAAUUCUUCAAAAUCAGAUAGAAGAUCUCGUAAAAAAUAUGGCCAUGGUCGUGAUGAUCAAUCAAGUAAUGAUGAUGGAAAUGAUAAUAAAAACAGUAAUGAUGAAAAAUCACCAUCACAAUCAACUACUUUUGAUAAUUCACAAUCAUGA